UCCCCCUCCUCCUCCUCGGUUAGCGCCCGCUGGCUGUCAUUCGUCCAAGGCGAGCCAGCCGGUGCGAUCGUGGCGCUGGCGGAGUGGAGCAGCGAGAGCCGCGUGUAAAUGAACGCCUACAGGGGCAGAUUGACGUCGCUUUCGUCGGCGAACUGAUCGCAAAGAUCUCGUGUGGAGAUUUAAAAGAGGGAAAAAAAAGAAAGGUUAAACAGCACUACUUUGGAGCAAAAACGCCAUUCUCCGACCGCCGCCGUGUGGUGCCGCUGCUCGCUACGACACGGAGAGAGGGCCUCCCUCCUGACCAUGUGGAGUGUGUGUGCACUGGUCCUGGCGCUCGCCGCUGCCGCCCUCGGCUCGGCGGACUCGGACGCGCACAGACUGAGACAUGACUCCAACCUGGACCUCUACAAGCGUCUGUUCGAGACCAAGAGGAAAGAUCAGCUGAACGCGUUGAAGAACCUGGUGGAGCUGAACGACAUCAACCAGCAGUACAAGAUCAUAGACAUCAUGCUGAAAGGACUAUUCAAGGUGUUGGAGGACUCGAGACAAAUCCUAGUUGCGGCCAACAUGCAGCCUGACGACCCUUUCCCCAUGGACGAUAAGAUCAAAGAAGCUUAUUCCCACGUGGUGGAGAAUACCGCGUUCUUCGGCGACGUGGCGCUGCGCUUCCCCCGUAUUGUCCACCACUACUACGACCGGAACACCGACUGGGACGGCCUGCUGCGCUGGGGCCUGAAUUUCUGUAACCAGACGGGGGUUUUCACAGGAGGAGCCCAUCAACAUGUCCUCACCCUUAUGUCACAGGAGCUGGGAAUAAUGGAGAAAUCCCCGGACUUUAUAAACCCGUACCGCACAGAGAGAGACGAUGUGCUUCACACCGCCGAGGCUUUCCAGAAGAUCCUGAGGGAGGAGGAGAAGAGGAGGAGGAAAGAAGAGAAGAGGAAAGAAAUAAGGAAAGGCCCUCGCAUCUCCCGCUCUCGCACCGAGCUAUAGCGCAGCACCGGCGGUGCUGGUGGAAAGCAGAGAAGAGGAGCAGGGAGCAUACGCACAGUCCACAAGGGGGAACUCGACUGGUAGACUCUGGGUGACAGUGAAGGAAAUGAAAAGCUGUCGUCGCUUGUCAAAAGCCAAGAGCUCUGUUGAAAACGAGAGAGGAACCCUCAAGACUACGCAAAAAUAAAGUAAUGUGGGGAGUGUCAGUGUCUGGCAACGGGUCUGAAUUGCUGGACAUAUACAGCGAUUCGUAAUUGGAAAAUAUAACAGUGUAUAAGAGGUAAAGACGUCUCUGGAGUAGGAGUUGAUAAGGGAAGCUAAUUUUGUAUAAUUUAUGGAAUAUAAUAAAUUUCAGUAUAAUCAAUUUUUUUUUUUUUUACGGAAAACCCUACUGUAUUAUGUCUGGUCUAGAUUUAAUGUGUCUACAACUUGUGUGCUUUGAAAAACGUGUUUGUUAAAUCUAAAUUUGGCCCGUUUCUGGUUAAGUUGAGCUUGAAUUGAUGAUGGAAUACAGCUUAUUUUUUUUGCUCCUUGUUUCUCCAACUGAGAUUUUUUUUGGAGAUAUUACUAGACGGUUGUUUAUAAGUUGGAAGAUUUCUUUUUACACACAUUCCGUAGUUGUUUCAGUUUAGCGACCUUUUGUUAAUAAUAAUAAUUUUAUCCUGUUGGAAAUAUCUGUCGGACAGAAUUACAGUAUAUGAGCCCUGCACCCGUUUUGGUGCUCUCUUUUUGUUUUUGAUUUGUUGUUGUUUAAUUAUGUUAGUCAUUGCUGGAAAUUAACAUAUUUUAAUGAUUUAGAUUUAUGGAAUUUUGACUGUUAUAAAAACUAUAUGUAUAUUCAGAGAAAGAAUAUCACUGCUGCAUAUUGAACAAGCCAUUUUGUUAUCACAUUUAAUUAAAUAAAGUGACUGAUAUGUACA